CAGACGAUUUAAUUACCCCUCGGGUGAUUUCCCCUGGAGCUUAGGUUUUUUCUGUCACUUUGUAAAAUUAUAAAAAUCAACUCUAGCGAAGGUUGAAAAAUUGGAUAAGUGUUGUUCAACUGCUGUGUUACUCUGAUAGCCACAAGUUUUAAAUGUCGAUGGAUCAAAUUCAAUCUUUGUACACAACGCCCCAACACCUAAAGAAAGGGUUAUAGUUUAUCCAUUCUUUACAAUUUUAUAAGGUAUCGAUACUUGCAAGUGUUGCAACAACAAAAAAAGAGUCGACUCCAUUAACAAUGGAUGAUCCUUCGAUACGAUUUCUCCUAAAACGUUGUAAGAAAAACGAAUUGGGAGAUUCGAUUACAAGCUGAACAAAAUUAAAUCAAUUGUCAGCAGCUUAGACUUUCAACAUUAUAAACAAUUCUAACAAUUGAUGAUGUUACAAACAGUGAAAGCCUGAACAUGUUCAUAACACACGAACUAUUUUUUUGUUCCAGAUGUGUUCAUUUACGUCAUAAGAAAUGAACAAUUCUACCUAUUGUCCAGAAGGGGUUAGACAAGUGGACAUCACCAGUAGUCGAAUUGUGACCAUUGCACUGGCCGUGACCUGUAGUGUUCUGGCCGCCUGCACGUGUAUCAGUAAUCUCACAGUUAUUCUGGCGCUCUGUCGUCUUAGUGCCCAGUCGCCGAGAACUGGCCUCCACACUUCCGGCAGAAGUAACAGCCCGCCAUGUCACAUUCUCAUUGUCUCCAUGUCCGUCACCGAUGCCAUUAUUGGAUUCAUCAACAUUCCUAUCGGGAUUUACGUCAUCGGCAAGAACGGAAGCUGGGUGCUGGGCAAGGAGCUCUGCUUCUUCUAUAUUUGGCUGGACAAGGUGCUAUGCACGGUGUCCAUCUAUCACGUGGCUUUAAUGGCUCUGGACAGAUACAUUGCCAUCUGCAAACCUCUUUUGUACCGCCUGAUGUCUAAAAAAGCAACACUGACUCUCGUUGCCCUGUCCUGGCUAUUCCCAACUACAAUUAGCACAAUUCUGAUGUCAGGGGGUUGGCAUCAUAGCGACAUCGACUGGCUGCUCAGCUGCGCAGAACUGGUCGGUAUCUGCACACCAAUUUACCAAUGGUCUUACCUGAUUGUUGUGUCCAUAUUAGACUUCUUCAUGCCGUUUCUCGUUAUUUUCGUGCUGUAUUUUCUCGUGACGGUAGAAAUUUGUCGACUAGACAAAAAGCCCAUCUCUCGUGGAACAGUGAGUACAAGCUCCAAAGCCAAGCCAAAAUCGCGUGUGGGGUUUAUCCAGAGAUUAGGUCACAUGACACAGAGAGCACAUUCAGGGGAUGGUAUAGAACUACAAAGAAGGUUACCAAGCAAAGAAAAUACAGACGGUGAUAAAUGUAAUGACGCUAAAGGCGCUACCCUAGAACGAAUUCUCAAAUCUGUAAAUAUUGGGAACACCGAUGAACCGCUUAAAGCAAACGAUGGAACUUCAACAUCUUUGUCGUAUGGUUUGGGAACAAAAAAAACAGUGGAACAAAGUAAACAAGAGAUUGUUCUUUCAGAUGAGCAGGAGUCUGGGGAGAUGGAUACUGAUACAAUUAUUUUCGAUUCCAUUGCUCACAACUUCAAAGCAUUGAGAACUGGAAACAGCAAAUCUAAAAAUCAAAACUUAAUUUGCGAAAUGAGGAAAGGCUUUAAAAAUGCGAAACAUGCCCCGAGCUGUGUAGAUGCCAGUGAUGACGAGGGGUUAUCAUUCACCAAGUCGGAUAUAGCGAUUUUUACAGUGUCUUCGCCUAAUUACAUCUGCCCGGGCAGCAGUGAUGCAGUAAAUGGCAGAAGUCGCCUUAAAUACGUCAUUUCCGCUGAGAGCGCGAAACGAAAGUCACGUGACAAGCCGGAAGCUUAUUCGUCAGGACUGAGAAGCAACCAGCAUAUUAAAACAAGCAAAGCUUUCACUACGAUUGGAUGCGUGGUUGUAUGUUUUACCGUCUGCUGGCUUCCGUUCAGCGUUUACAACUUUGCGCAUGCCUACAGUGGCUACAAGAUGGCUACUUGGCCGCAUCUGCUGUUCUCGUGGAUGGGCUACCUGAACUCGGCCAUGAAUCCCUUUUUUUAUUGCUUUACGAGAUCUGUGCGGCAAGCAAUUUUAGCCAUGUUGAGGUUGUCUAAACCACGGAGAUGAUCUGAUAAAGAUGGCGUCUAAAACGAAGAGGCAAAGUUCUAUCAAAAGUGAUUCCUUUAUCUUCAUGUUUGUUUGUUUGUUUUUUUUUUGUUUUUUUUUUGUUGUUGUUGUUUUUGUUGUUGUUUUUUUGUUCUUAAGUUUUGUUGAUAAUGUUGCGGGAGCUAGUUAAAUAUCCUACCUCGUGGAUCUAAUGACGUUUCCCUGAGCAAACCGCACCGGGUGACACCGACUCUAGUGACGCCACUGGUUCAAACAUGAAUUUAUAACUACACUUAAAGUACUAGAGCCCUACAGCCUUGGAAAUGCUGCUCUGUGGUCUCUCUACAAUAUAAAAAUUAAUGGUCCUCACCACUCAAUUAUUCUCUCAUAAUAAUAAUAAUUUAUUAUAUAUCUGUUUAUAGCUUUGAUCAGUUUAAUAGAGUCUUGUCAAAAACUUAGUGGGGUUUUUUUAUUCUAAGGAAGACAACCUUUUAAAAUGACAUUACAAAUGUUUCCUCAAUUGCUUCUCUUGUUAAUUUCAUUUCGUAUUUAUUGUGAUUUGUCUAUUGAUUUAUUUUUAAUUUUUAAAGAAGUAUACAUUUGGUAUUCAUUACUUGUGUAUGUGUGUAUGUGUUACGUGUGUGAAUGUCGUUCGUAUUUGCAUCUAUAAUGUUAUUGUUACAGUAGUUACGCUGAAGUUAUCAAUUG